AGUGGAUGAUGAUGAUGUGCCGCCACACGCAGCUGCUCGCUGGGAAUGUCGGAGGCUGAGCUGUACCAAACUACUCGUCUUCACUUCGUUGCGGACGCGUCGUGAGGGAAGAUUUGGAUUAAUCGACAUUUUAAGACGGGAGGCAGCCCGCGGACGACGGUAUCUAUUUCCCUGUCCGCACGGAGGGACGCUGUUCGUGAUGCGCCUGUGAUACGGUUGUCUGCUUUUUGAUACCGUCCGACUUAAAGGGUAUCCAAGCGUGGCGUUGCAGUUGAAAACCGUCAUGCCCGUUGCUGUGGCGUCGAGACAGGAAGCGAGUGUGUGAGCCUCCCUGGUCGGUUGUGCUGGGAUGAACAUGCCACUGCAUCAAAUCUCUGUCAUCCCCCGCGAUGUCACCUCGUCGCGGGUGUCUGGCAGCGGAAAAUCCAAGGACAAGGACAAGCAGAAUGAGAAACCUCUCAGUCAUUCAGCAAGCAGAUCCAGCAAUAUAUCAAAGGCGGGAAGUCCGACCUCCGUGAACGCUCCAUGUAGCUUCUCAAGAACGUCUGUGUCUCCCUCCAGCCAGGACAUCUGCAGCAGUCCCGAUCAAGAGUGCCAGAAGCAGACCACUGUUGUUCUCUUGGCCCCUAACGGUAAAAACUCUGAAGGUUCUGGAGGUGUUACAGUGACCACCGUCUGCGCAGACUCUCCGCCCGCCCCCAAGCAACGAGACUGGCUCUCACUUCUGCGCCCAACCUCGGUCAACAUUCUCCCUUACGGUUCGCUGCGCUUCUCGGUAUCGCUCAAUGACGUGGGCCAGCGUGUGGACAGCCUUUACCGUGGUCUACACUUUAUUGAUCGCACCUGCUCGGAGGGGGAGCUGGAGCUGAAGCCCACGCCCGCCCAGCCUGGGGACUCCGAUCCGAGGGCAGUGGACACUCUAAUAAAAGGAACACAGAGCACGGACAUCUUAACACAGCCCCACCUGGUCCCCUCUUUUACCAACAACUACAAAUACACGUUGGGCCUCCCCCUUAAUAACCACCACCCUACAGAUACCGCCCUACCCGUCCUUCAUGCUCCUCCCCUUCCUCCACCCCAUCACUCUCCAAGCUCCAACUUCCUCCGUCUGCUCCUCCCAUUCUCCCGAUCCUCAACCUCGGCUAGCCUGCAGUGUUCCGAGCUGGACGGCUACGCUUCUCACCAACGCGUCAACAAGUCCUCCAGCGCCAUCUUGGAAGGCAGCGAGUUGGAGUAUGCGCCCGAGGAGCUACUGGCGGACGAGGCGCUCGCGGGGACCCGGUGCACUCGGUCUCCACGGGCAACGAGCACGGCGGAUAAGACCGCCGCUGAUCUGGCCCCCCUGUGCUACAUGGAUGAGGACAGCGACCUGGACCGCUGCCCAUCUCCUUUGUCAGGGAAAACUGAACCCCAGUCCCCCUAUUCGCUGUCUGGCGACUGCUGCAGGAUCUGUCACUGCGAAGGCGACGACGAGAGUCCUCUGAUCACGCCGUGUCACUGCACGGGCAGCCUGCGCUUUGUGCACCAGUCAUGUCUGCAGCAGUGGAUCAAGAGCUCCGACACCCGCUGCUGUGAGCUCUGCAAGUACGAGUUUAUCAUGGAGACCAAGCUGAAGCCUCUACGCAAGUGGGAGAAGCUUCAGAUGACAGCGAGCGAGAGGAGGAAGAUCAUGUGCUCGGUCACCUUCCACGUCAUCGCCAUCACAUGCGUGGUUUGGUCGCUCUAUGUGCUCAUCGACAGGACGGCGGAUGAAAUCAAACAAGCCCGGAGUAUCCCAGGCAUCAUGGAGUGGCCCUUCUGGACCAAACUGGUGGUGGUGGCCAUCGGCUUCACGGGCGGACUGGUGUUCAUGUACGUGCAGUGCAAAGUCUACAUCCACCUAUGGAGGAGACUCAAGGCCUACAACCGCGUCAUCUACGUCCAGAACCGUCCGGACUCGUGUAAAAAACUGGCGCUGGAGAAGCCCCCCCUCUUGGAGCCCAGCGUGGACAGCAAGGAGACUGUGGCCCCCGCCCUGUCGGAGACAAACUCCUCCCACUAUACGGAGACGGACGACUACAGUAUGGAGGUGCUCCAUGUGUGAGCUUGAUGUCCUGGACUUUUUUCAUGAGUCCUAGUUCUGGACCAGACCUGUUGUGGAACUGGACUCCGGUCCAUCUUUAGCCCCGCCCACCCACCUGACACACAAACUGAGCUGCAUAGACGCACUUUUCUUUUUUCUUUUUUUUAGCUUGCAAAAAGCCUCUUUUCUUCGUCGUCUCACUCGGACGGGCUUUUAUUUCCCAAAAUCUCACGGACGACGCUGGAAGGAGAAGCUUUUCAACAUGAAUUCACAAUUUUAUUUGUAUUUUGUGGGGCUCAAGCACAUAACGUCUUGCACAUGUGGACGAAAAAUCCACGUAUUUAUUUAACCCAACACACCCUUUCUGAAGGCUUUGAGAAUGUGACAAAUACUUUUUACUGUUAUCAAGACGUUACAUUGACAUGACAACAAAGUAUCACCUGCAGGAUAUUUUUACAGCUGUAAAAAGAAAACAUGAUUCCACACGGGCACAGCCUUAACAAAUAUUCCAACCAAGCAGUUUGCAUGCUGUAAAAAUAUUCUCCAUAUUAUUUGCUGGCACCUAAACAUGUACCGCCAUAUUCCCUGUGCAGUUUUGUCAAGGAGAAAUCCACCGCUGCCUUGCCCGACGGUCCCCCUGCCACGUCUGCCCUGUGUCCUCACACCUCACAUUAAAGCGUUCCUUCAUCUUAGUCCAUCAAGCAGCAUUUUU